UUCGCAGUUACUCCACAAUGGUGGAGGCCUACGCAUUAACACACAUAUAUCGGAUCUAUCUUCGCCAAACACCAACGUAGAUGGGAUUCAAUCUUCAUCUACUAUUCACUGGUUCCUCCAAAUCCAUGGGAACAAAAAGCACUGUCCAAAAUCUCUAAAUCCAUGAAGAAAAAUGUCAGGUAGAUAUACUUCGUCACCUCGCCUUUCAUUGAAGACCAGGCUCGGCCUCGCCACCUUCUCUUUCGCUUCAAGCACCGCUCGUCGCUCCAAUCUCACAAUCAAUCGUAACUUUAUGAAGAUCUUUGAUCCUAAAGCACCCUCUUCUUCAAAACCCAUCAAUGGUGUCUCCUCUUUUGACAUCACUAUAGAUCCCAGCAACAAUCUCUGGUUCCGUCUCUAUGUUCCGACCACCAAUUCCACCUCCUCCUCUAGAUAUAUUGAGAUCAGUCUGCCUGUGAUUAUUUACUUCCACGGUGGUGGGUUCUGUUUGUUGGCCGCAAAUUCAAAACAGUUCGAUCAAUUCUGCCGGAGACUCGCCCGUGAAGUUCCUGCAGUCGUGAUCUCCGUCAACUAUCGUCUAGCGCCAGAGUAUAAGUACCCAUGUCAAUACGAGGAUGGUUUCGACGCGUUAAAGUUCAUAGACGGCAUGAACUUUGAGAAUUACUCGGUGAAAGUUGACCUCGAAUGGUGUUUUGUAGCUGGCGACAGUGCCGGAGGUAACUUGGCUCACCAUGUAGUGGUCCAAGCAGGUGAAUAUCGGUUCUCUAACAUGGAUGUAAUUGGACUCAUUGCAAUUCAACCAUUUUUUGGAGGAGAAGAAAGAACAGAAUCUGAAAUCAGAUUCUCUGGAGUUCCAGGACUAUCGAUAGAGCGUUCAGAUUGGUAUUGGAAGGCUUUUUUGCCGGAAGGAGCAGAUAGAAAUCAUCCGGCGGUUAAUGUUUUCGGACCAAAUGCAGUGGACAUUACAGAUUUGCAUUUUCCGGCGACAUUGGUUGUUAUUGGAGGGUUUGAUAUAUUACGAGAUUGGCAAAUGAAGUACUACGAAGGGCUGAGGAAAUCAAGAAAAGAAGUGUACUUGAUUGAGUAUCCAAAUGUGAUUCAUGGGUUCUAUUCUAUAACUGAAUUGCCUGAAUCUUCUUUAUUGCUUACUGAAAUCAGGAAAUUUAUUAGAAAUCAAACAUCUCUUUCAUAGGUUUUGCCAACGUUAUUUUCUGUUAUGGGGACUUGUAGCUUGAUUAAGGUAAAUUAUAGAAUACGCUUGGAACAUGUGCUCUUUCACUCGUAUGAACCGACUCGCAUCUAUAUGUGACUGGAAAGAAAAGUUCAAAUUUAAUGUUUCAGUGUACUUAAUAAUUUUCCUUGUGUGAAGGCAGUAACUUUGCAGAGAAAAUAUGUUUCUUUGGAAAUUGUAUGUGGUGCAUCAUGUCAAUAUACAAUUUCAGCCUCUAGAAAGAAUUUAAAGGUUAUGAUAAUAGAGGUUUUGUUCU